AUGAGAUUGAAAAGGUCAAAAGGUUUCAUCAUCCGAACUAUACUUCUAAAGCACGUAACUCGCGAAAACUUUCUGAUUUCAGCUCCUCAAGUCGACAGUCAAGAUAAGAAAUCAGAUCAUUUGAGGCUGGCGAAUGGCGGCAGCCCGUGUGCCGGGAGAGUGGAGGUCUACCACGAUGGACAGUGGGGCACAGUGUUUGGCCUUGGCUCUGGUGACAGUGGUUGGGACAUGUUGGACGCGGUUGUGGUGUGUAAGGAGUUGGGCUGUGGAGCCGCGCUGUCAGCAUCAGGAGACGCUCACUUUGGCGAAGGCUCAGGUCCCGUUGUGACGGAGAAUGUUCAGUGCAGAGGGAGUACACAGUGGCACUUACGGUUAGAGAGCGGUGUGAGCGGCUGUGAUGGGCGAGUGGAGAUUUUUCAUGACGGUACUUGGGGCAGAUUGCUGGACGAUUCCUGGAAUAUAUCAGAUGGCGAUGUCAUCUGCCGACAGCUGAACUGUGGCUCUGCUAUUUCAGUCUACAACUCUUCCCAAUACGGGGAAGGCACUGGACCUGUGUGGAUCAAUAAUGUUCAGUGUGUGGGAACCGAGACACACAUCUGGAACUGCUCACAUUCCACAGUGGCUUCAUCCUCCUGGACCAGCCGGGAUGUGGGAGUGAUUUGUUCGGCAGAAGAUGUUCAGAUCAGACUGAUGGACGGUGGGAGUUCGUGUGCUGGGAGAGUGGAGAUUUACUACAACAGAACCUGGGGGACGGUGUGUGAUGACUCCUGGGGUUCACUUGAGGCGAAUGUUGUGUGCAAACAGCUCGGAUGUGGAUCUGCAGUUCAUACAACAUCUGCGGCCACUUGUGGACGAGCCUCAGCUCCAGUUUGGUUGGAUGACGUGAGAUGUACAGGAAAGGAAUCAGCUCUCUGGGAAUGCCCCUCUUCUCCAUGGGGGCAACAUGACUGUUAUCAUAAAGAAGAUGUGAGCAUCGUGUGUAAAGAGCACAAGAUGCUGCGGCUGGCGAAUGGGCUACAUUCCUGCGAGGGGAGAGUGGAAGUGUUUUACAAUGGGACCUGGGGCACAGUCUGCUCGGACUCCAUGGGAAUCGACGAAGCUGAGGUAAUCUGCAAACAGUUAGAUUGUGGCAAAGCUCUCGAAGUUGAAUAUGAUGGAAAAUUUGACGAAGGAUCUGGACCUAUUUGGUUGGAUGACAUGGAGUGCAAUUCAAAGGAAUCCUUCCUGUGGCAGUGCUCCUCACGACCUUGGGGUGAACAUAACUGUGUUCAUUCGGAAGAUGUGGGUGUGAUGUGUUCAGAGAAAGCUCCGGAAAAAAGGGAGAGGGCAAAACUAUGCGAUGGGAGAUCACCGGAUCAUCAGAUUCGUUUAUCAGGACAGGAGUUGCGGUUGGUUGGAGGAAGCAGCAUUUGCUCGGGGAGAGUUGAGAUACUGAGCAAUAAGACGUGGGGGACGGUGUGUGACGACUCCUGGGAUAUCCGAGAGGCCAGUGUGGUGUGCGGACAGCUGGACUGCGGCCCGGCCGUGCGGGCUGUGGGACAGGCGGGGUUCGGACAAGGCGCUGUCCAGUUGAUCAACAUACCUUUCGUGGUCUGCAUCGUCCUUGGAAUCCUGUUAGCAGUGGUACUGUUUGCACUGAUAGUACAGAUGGACAGCAAUUCUUCAGGAACAGAGGAAAAAUAUCCGUCUGUUCGUUUGUAUCAAGCAAUUUAUGAAGAAAUUGAGGAAGAACCAAUCAGAAGAAGAAGCGUUGAGUCUGGCUCCUCUGUUUCAGGAUCCAACGAUUCUAUCAGUAAACUGGAGUACUACACUGGGGAGAGUGUGAAUGGAUCUGAUGCAGAACAAGGAAACGCUGAGGUGUUUCUUCCGAAUGAUCAUCUUCAGGAAGAUUACGACGUAGCUGAGGGUGGAACCUUCCAGAUGGCGGACCGGGGCCUCCUCCUGGUCACUGACACACACCCUGAUGUCCCCGCACUGACCAGUCACACUGUCCAGGAAGCCUCGCUCUGUCAGGGUAAGAGCCGAACUGUCAUGUCUUAA